AACGACAAGCUGGGCGAGAAGGUUCGCGAGUAUAUGGCCCAGUACAGCCACUUUGUCGCUGGCCCAGUCUUCAUAUCGGCGCUGGGCGACACCAACCACCAAGCCGGAGACUGGCUGGUUCCGGCUGAUGUCAGCAGCGACAUGUCGGAUCUGAUGCGCGUCGAGGAGCUGAUCCGCGCCGAGUGGUUUGCGCGUCUGGAGGGCCACCUGCCGUACGUGGUCAAGCAGCGCAAUGUUGGCUGGGAGGAGGUGCCGAUUCCGCCCAAGUACGUGGCCGGCGAGGGUGAGCCAGCUGCAGUUGAGCGCAAGGCGCUGGUGAUCAGCCAGGAGCUGGUGGUGUCGUCGAAGGGCGAAGCCAAGAUUCUGACUGGUGCGGGCGGCAGCGUCAUUCUGGGCAUAAGCCGCUCGGCCAACGUCAACAUCUCCAAGGCCCUGGGACGGCCCAUCAUGGGUGUUGCAGUGCUGCUGCGGUACACGAUUGUGCCCGAUGAGGAGAAGAUCCUGAAGAGCAUGAGCCCGAGCUGCGCGCAGAUCGACAAGCCCAUCUGGGACGUCAAGCCGGCGCCGGCCCCCGUGUCGGAUGGUGGCAGCGCCGGGUCGGACAAGCAGCACUAG